AAGGGAGGGGGCUCGGGCAACGCUCGCCUUUGGAGGCGCAAAGAGCCGAGGCCAAAGCCGCCAGCGCGCAAGAGCCGGAGUGAUGCUCCUUUCUCCUUUGCCUCGGCAAAAUGGCGCAAGUGGGGACCCGUUUUCGCCCCCCAGGACCCGCUGAGCCCCCUCCACGACCCGCCGAACCCCCGGCUUGAGGAUGAAGCGGCCCUAGCUGGCUCCAAACACAGGGCAAAGCUGUCUUUCUUCGCCAAGGAAGGAGAGAGAGAAAAGGCGCACGUGGAGAGCUUUUGUGCGCCCCUCGCCACGCCUGCCGCUUUGGUCCCCGCUUCCAAGGCUUGGAAAGACCCAAAGGGCUUCGAGGAGAGGGACUCUCCUCCAAGAAGCCCACAGAGACCCCUUUCCCUGGACUCCAUGGCUUCCCCACCGGCGCUUAGAUUGUUCCUCUUGGUCGCCUUUGGAGCAGGCCUCGGCCAUUCAACAGAGCUCACCUUCACUUUAGAGCCCAGCGACCAUACAGCGGUCCAGGAGCAGCCUCUGGCCUUGGAUUGCCUAGUGGAAGGCAUCCCUCCCGUCAGUAUCACCUGGCGCAAGAAUGGGGUACGGAUGGUGGACAGCGAAGGCUCCUUCACGCUCGCGAAUGGCUCGCUCUACUUUGCCCACUUUCAGAAGCUGAAGGAUGAUGGGUCUUCCGAUGAGGCCGAGUAUGAUUGCAUGGCCCGGAAUCGCUUUGGGUUGGUGGUGAGCCGCAAGGCCAGGAUCCAGGCUGCAACGAUGUCUGAUUUCCACAUUCACCCCCAGAGUGCCGUGGUGGAGGAAGGUGGUGUUGCCAGAUUCCAGUGCCAAAUCCACGGCUUGCCGGAACCGGUGAUCACGUGGCAAAAGAACCACCUGCCCAUAAAUACAGAUCAUGACAGGUACACGCUGCUGCCAAAGGGAGUCUUGCAGAUAACCGGACUCCGAGCGGAGGAUGCUGGAAUCUUCCAUUGCAUGGCUACCAACACAGCUGGGGUGAAGUUGAGCAGGGGAGCCCGGCUGAGUGUAUCAGGUUCCCAUUCCGCUGUGUAUAAGGACCCGAUGAUUCUCGUGGGGCCGGAGAACCUGACCUUAACGGUGCACCAGACCGCAGUCCUGGAAUGCAUCGCAACCGGAAACCCAAGGCCCAUCGUCUCCUGGAGCCGACUUGACGGGCGGCCAAUCGGUGUGGAAGGCAUCCAGGUUCUUGGGACAGGCAACUUGAUGAUUUCAGACCUGACGGUCCAGCAUUCUGGGAUAUAUGUGUGCGCAGCCAACAAGCCUGGCACAAGAGUGCGGAGGACAGCCCAAGGGAGGCUGGUGGUGCAAGCUCCGGCUGAAUUUGUCCAGCACCCGCAGUCCAUUUCCCGGCCGGUGGGGACCACGGCCAUCUUCACCUGCCUGGCUCAAGGGGAGCCGCCCCCACAGAUCACCUGGCUGAAGAAUGGGCAGAUCCUGGAAACCACGGAGCACAUCAAGCUCAAGAACAACAACAGCACGUUGACCAUCUCCAGCAUCAACCAGGCGGACGAGGCCAUCUACCAAUGCAUUGCAGAAAACAGCGCCGGCUCCACUCAGGCCAGCGCCCGGCUGACGGUGCUGUGGGCGGAUGGCUUGCCCGGUCCACCGCAGAAAGUGAAGGCCGCCACCGUCUCUGCCACUACCAUCCAAGUGCUGUGGAGCGAGCCUUUGCAGAACACCAAGGAGAUCAUUGGAUACGUGCUGCACAUCAGGAGAGCAGCAGAUCCGGUAGAGAUGGAAUACCAAGAGGCUGUCAGCAAAAACACUUUCCAGCAGCUUGUGACAGACCUGGAGCCCUCCACCAGCUACAGCUUCUACAUCAAGGCCUACACCUCUCGGGGAGCCAGUAAAGCCUCUGAAGUGGUGGUCGUGAGCACUUUGGGGGAAGUGCCGGCAGUGCCGUCCCUCUUCAUUAAAGUCCUCAACAGCACCGCAGUCCAAGCUGUGUGGGAGCCCUCCAUCAAGCUGGGCCAGCACCAAGGCUUCAAGCUCUACUACCGCAAGGUCCAUCUCCCCCAUUUCACCGGCCCCUUGCUUUUGCCGAGCAACAUCACUUCCUACAACAUCAGCCAGCUUGAUCCAUCGGUGGUGUAUGAAGUCAAGCUCCUUGCUUACAACCAACAUGGCGACGGGAAUGCCACUGUCCGCUUUGUGUCCCUGCGAGAGACUGUUGACCGGACAGGCCUGAGCCAACCCUGCAACUGUAUGAAAGAUGAGCAGACCAACAAGACCUCGGCUACCGGCAUCAUCAUCGGGAUCCACAUCGGCGUCACCUGCAUCAUCUUCUGCGUUCUCUUCCUCAUGUUUGGCUAUAGAGGACGACUACUGAUGUGUAAGAAUGUCCAGGAGCAGUUGUCGACACCGCAGGUCCCAAGAAGCCAGAGGAAUGCUGCCACCUUGGCCCUCAAUGGAGCUGCCCAGAGGGAAAGGGAGGAUCCGGACGCCAAUGGGAAACAGCUGGAUAUGAAUGAGCUGGAGAGGUUGUUCCCGGCACCGCCUUCCCCGCCUGAUCCACACUGCAAAGAGAGCAUGUUGGAUCACAGUCUUCCUACCUCACAUGAUGAAACCCAGAUAUCCACGCUUCCGCCCGAUGAGUUCAGCAUCAUCGAAGAGCAAGGCGACACCCCGUUUCCAAGCCUGUCUUCGGACGAUGCCUGCUCAGCCUCAGCCAAGGAGAACCAGCUUUGAACCCAGCUCCAACCAAUGAAGGAUAAGUGACCAACACGGUCGAGCUUCUGAUCGGACUCUCCAGCCAACGUUGGAUUAGUCUCUGGUGAUGUCUUUAAGAGGACUCAUCAAUCUCAGGUCAAUUUAAGUCUGUUUCUUUGCGAAAACACAGGUGUACUGUCCGUGGGCAGCCUUGUGGAAGCUUCAUGAAGUCUGCCUUUCUGACCUCCCUCAGGUCUUUGCGUACCUUCUUUCCUAUCCAAAUCUGAGCUGGGUAGGUUUCAGAAGACAUUUUGGCCCACCGCCUAGUCACCAUUGACACCAAAUGUGAUGGGGACCGUGGGCUGACUCAGUUUACCAAUGCGUUCCUCCCUCUGGCAGCUUUAGUAAAAUUACUCUGUGGAUUCUCUUUGGCAAAAUGUGGAGAGAACCGAUUCUGGCAGACCUCUCCAAUGUCGGCUUUCUCCCAAAAACUCUGCAGGUGCUUGGUUGGCCAAACCUUCUACAUGGAUUUAUGGACACUUUUUGCCACGUGCGUUCGGCUCUCUGUGAUUCUCAGGAUGUGUUUUUUCUUCUUCUUGUUGCUGAUGAACUGCUCGAAAGGCAAAACAAGUGUGUCAAAAACAUGUUUUUAAGCCUGCACGAAGGCUACUGAAAGAAAAGACUUGGACGGACAUCCCGAGCAAAAUCAGAACCUACCUCAACCGGAAUUGAAUGUCUUCUGGGAAGAAGCAAAGCUCUUGUGUCUUCCUUUUGUUUUCAAAGCAAGUAGUGUAGCAUUUUGGUCAGUAGGCGUUUUGGUACUACCUCAGAAGUCACGCUCCAUGUCUACCACGUUGGUUGUUGUUUUGUUUUUUUUAUUUUGUCAACAAAAGUAUUCCUUUGAUUCUCAUUGUCGUCCCAAUGUAAAGCACUUCCAAAACCUUGAAAGCAAUGUUCUACCUCAAGAUGUUUUUAUAGAAGAAUGGUGUGUCGUGUCGUCAGACCUCUUUGCCCUUCGCCUCUCUUCCUUCGGCUCAGUCCCUGCGUUCCAAAAAAGUGGGGACUGAGAGCAGAGUGGACUCAUGUGUCCAGUAGAUGACAUUUCCCCUUUUAGUCUCAUAUGCUUGCUAGCUAAUUUGUGUAGGCUUUUCUUACUGUCUCAAGAGUUGCUUUUAAUAUCAUGUUUGUCUCUUUUGUAAAAAUAAUAAUAAUUAAAGAUUGUUAGGGUUGUAGCAAAAGGCAGGUCACCCGUUGCUAGCUUCUGCCCAUAAUGCAGGGGUGGGCCAACUUGUGUCCAAAACACAA